AUGGUUAACUGGCAUUCCACAGAUGACCAGUAUAAGACUGCUAUUGUAGCUCUAGAGUCCACGCGUUCAAACUGGGAGAAGGAGACUGAGAUAGGCCUAACUGCGCUGCAACAUCUGGACAGGGAGAGACUCGCCUUCAUAAGAAAUGUGUCUUGGUUACACGUCAACAUAGGAUCGCUCAACUGCAUCCAGAUCGAUGACCUCAAUGAAGAUGUCAGAAUUGUAUUGGAGAAGUUUGACUAUGAACAGGAUAUUCAGGUGUUCAUACAGAGUGAACAGACAGGUACUAUGAGACCUGAGAAAGUUCUGUACGAGCCAUCCUGUACAAAGACAGCUAUGCGCAGGGCGGCGGCCCCUGACUACGACUCCACAGUACCUGUUCUGGACAGCGAAGAAGCGUCCAUCGACAACCAACUGUACGAGUCGGUAGAAGCCCUAGGGGGCGACACCGGGCAGACGUAUCGCGUCUUGUUCGACUACGCUGCAAGUGCCGGGCAGGAAGAGGAGAUGAGUAUUAAAGAUGGAGAGAUCCUUGAAGUCUUGGCACAGGUCGACGUUAACUGGUGCACAGCCAGAAAACCAGAUGGCACCACUGGUCUGGUUCCUUCAAACUACAUUAAGAAGGUGGAGGCUGUAUUGCACGAUAGAUUCUGAUUCCGAGGGCAUUAAUCAUUGUCCAUAGUUUCUUCAUAGUCGUAAUUUGGCACAGCGUCAUGUUGAAUGGAGUUUUAUCUGUAAUAUGAAUGUUGUAUCACGUGGUGCUCUGCUGCUACCUGGGACAUGAGAUAAUAGCAUACAAGCUUCUGUUAGAUCAUGGUGUUAUAACUAUGCAUAAUGUUACAUUGCAUAGCACUGUGUUACGUGGUAUUCUGCUACGUCGGACAUGAUGUAAUGGAACGUGGGGUUCCACGUCAUUGUGAUGUGUUACAUGAUGCAUGGUAAUUUGUAAGUUGAUGGUUAACUGGCAUUCCACAGGUAUGCAUUUGUAUAUGAAGAUAAAUUUGAUUCUUUUUCAAAUCAAAUUUUACCGACCAAAGAUAUACAUGUAUAUCAUCGUUAUUUUUAAUACAUUUAUAGUUGUUUAUAUUAUAAUGAAUCAGUUUUCAUACAUUUAUUAUAUAAAGUAAGUUUAGGUUAUAUUUUCAAGAGUUUAUGUGCAUUCCAUGCUUUGACAUUGAUUGCAAGGAUCAACUAAUGUUUAGCUACUUCAGAUAAUGUUCGUUUAUGGUCAUAAAUCAAUACCUACGCGGUCACAAUCUGCAUAACCUACAUUUAUCUCGUGUUUUUUUUUUACCAUCAGAUACAUCAGGCCUCAUUACAUUUAUACUUGUUUAUAGUAUAACGAAGCAAUUUCAAAACAUUUAUUAUAUUUAGUGAAGUACACAUGUGUUUAUAUGAUAUUUUUCAUAGGUUUAGCAGCACUGUGUUUUACCUUACUGUUUCUUUAGCUGAAUUGUAAAGAUAAACUGUAUUUAUUAGUAUAGUAUUCUUUUAUAUAGAUAAUAUCCAUUCGUUCACCCAUUAGUAACUUAUGAGUAAUUAUGAUAGUAUUAUACCAAUAUGUAACUUAUGACUGCUAAUCUUGUGAUAUAAAACGAAAAUUUAAUUUUACCUAAUUUUUUAAAGGAAUGAAAGGAAUUUUUUGCUAAAAAAAAACUUGCAUGUUUAAUCGCCUAUAAUAACAUUUGUGUAAUACAUAUGCAGCCAGUUUCAAAUAAGUUGAUCGAGCCAGGUUUUCUAUUUACCACAAGCUGGUUACACAGCUUCCAGACCUCAGAGGAAACGCCUACAUAUUCUGUGUUUCUAGAAUGAGUGUUCCCGCAUUCAGCCCUACGUCCAGUGUGCUCCAGUUAGAGGGUACAAAUUCUUAUUCCGGGAUUCCUUUCCUGUGUUACAUCGCUAAUUAUUCAACUUGUAUGUUUGACUGUGUUUACUUGCAUUUAUAAUUGUGCUUGUAUUAUGAGAGUAUCAAAUCACUAUUGUGGUAGAGAUGGGACCUAUUGUUUUUAUAGUAGAACUGUCCGUAUGACCGCACCUCCAAUUAAAUAAUGGAGUCAAUGGGAAAACGUGGUUCAUGUUACGUUAGAUUAAACGUAGGGUAAUACUGUUAUUCCUUUACUACAUGUGUGCCAAAAUGCGUUUUAUCUGCCUCCUUGUUUAAAUUAUGUGUAGCAGUAAAGUCUGUCCAAUGUUUCAUACGAUCGCUGAUAAUAGAUAUUAUGAUAAUAUGCAUGAAAGAUUAAUAUUAUGGAUUACAUUUGUGUGGCAGUUCUUGUAACGCAUUCUAAGCAAAGAACUCCCACUAAAUACAUUCAUAUACUUGUUUUACGUAAAUUAUAUUUAUACAGAAAUAUUGUCAGUCUUAUUAAAACGUUUAAAAAAUAAAAA